AUGCUCUUUCCAACAGCAAAACUUCUUAUUACUGGAAUUUUUGUGGUACUUGGAGGUGGAUUUAAUUUUGGUUUUCAAGUAUCAAUCAUUAAUCCAAUGGGUAAACCAUUGCAACAAUUUCUGGCACAAUCUUUAGAAAGUCGUUAUGAUAUCAAAUUUUCGGAAUUAUCAAUCCGGUUAUUUUGGUCAUUCGUCGCUGGCAUUUUUUUCAUUGGAGCGAUUAUCGGUGCUACAGUAACACCAGCGGUCAUUAAUCGCAUUGGUUCACGAUGGUCAUUUGUGAUUAUUGCAUUUUUAAUGAUUAUUGCUAUUUUCUUUUCACCCUUAUCACAAUAUACAAAUAUUGCGGAAUUAUUCAUUCUUUCACGAUUGUUUGUUGGCAUUUGUGUUGGAAUGUAUACUACUGUACAAGGUGUAUUCUUAACUGAAAUUAGUCCAGUUUGUUUUCGUGGCCUAAUGGGCACAUUAACUGGCCUAUCGACUAAUAUUGGUGCAUUGCUAGCAUCAAUGAUUGGUAUGCCACAAAUUUUUGGCACUAAAAAUUUAUGGCCUUAUGGCUAUUUUAUGGAAAUGAUUCCAUGCUUAAUGCUUAUUUGUUAUGCAAUUUUUAUCCUACAUGAAAGUCCAUUAUAUUUUCUGAAACAAAUGAAUGAAAAUGCGGCAAAAGAAUCAAUUCAAUUUUACAAUAAUUGGAAAAAUGAUCGUCAAAUAGAUGAAGAAAUGGAACGAUUGAAAAUACAACAAAAAAAUAAUAACGAAAAGAAAAGUGUCAAAAAUAUUAUUAAUUGGAUGAAAUUUUGCAAUGAUAGAGCAACUCGUCGAGCAUUAUUUCUCUCAAUACUUUUAAAUUGUACGGUAAGUUUUAGUGGUAUAAUGGCAAUGGUAUUUUUUGGCACAGCUCUUCUUGGCGCUAUUGGUUUCACCUCAACUACUGCGUCAUUAGCAAAUUGUCUUGCAGGACUAUCUGGUACCGUUGGAAUACUUAUACAAGCUAUUACAAUUGAUAAAAUUGGACGCCGUUUUUUACUUCUUGGAAGUUUAAUAAGUUUAAUAUUGAUAAAUAUGGGAAUGAUGGUACUGGUUUGGGCCUUUGGCCAAUAUCAUUACUCUUGGCUUGGCUAUUGCUUCCUUCUUCUCUUUGCAUUAUUCCUAUUCUUUUUUAGUAUUGGUAUUGGUCCAGUUGCAUGGUUUAUUGCUACCGAAUUAGCCGAGCCAUAUUGUCGUGCUCAACUACAAUCAUUGUCCAUUUCGGCUCAGUAUAUCACCUGUUUCCUGUGUCCAAUAAUAUAUUUACCAUUAGAGGAAUUAAUUGGACCACUUAGUUUUCUAAUUUUCAUCAUUCCUCUAAUAAUUACAACAUUUUCCAUUUAUUAUUACAUGCCAGAAACUCGUAAUCGUAGUGCAGAAGAAAUUCAUCAUUUAUUAGAAAGUAAACGAUAA